CCGCGUGUGGUGACGUCACCAAUCGUCCGUCAAAGAACAGCCAGCAAAUCAGAUGUGGAGGAGGCCAACAUUUGCUGCGUCCUCCGACAGCCACAGCUAUCUUCUCACUUGUUUUUUUUUUUUUUUUAAUAUGCUUGUCGCGACAGUGAAAUAAUUCCCCGGCCACUCAUUUGGGGACACGACGGAGAGCGAAACGCAAACGUCGCCGGAGUGCAACUAAGCUAGUAUUUCUGGCGCAUUUCGCAUGAGCAUCCUGGCCUCAUUUGAGCAUGGACCGCAGCAGGACGGUACAUAAGUCUACAGGCAAGGACUACUCCAGCUCUGAUGACGACGUUCCUCUCGCGGAGCUCGUUGUGAAGCGCCCCACAAAAGAGAAGGCGUUGCCAGAGAACGUGAACAGCUCGAAAGAAGACUCUAAAGAGGACAGAAGUGAUGAUGAUGAGCCGGUGGUUAAGAUAAAAAUGUCUUCAAGGAAGAAAGAGAACAAGUUGUCCACAUUCCAUAGCAAAAAAUGGAAGAACGCAGCAGACGACAGCUCUGACAACGGCCCGUUGGUCAAAGCGAAAGUCUCGCCCAAAUCUGGCAAGAAAAACGUCUCAACGCCGCCCAAGAAAUCUGCCAUUAAGAAGAAAGAGUUGCGGGACGAGGACGCGAGUUCAGAUGACGAGCCUCUGAGCGUACGUGCCAAGAAGCUGAAGCCUCAACACAAGCAAAUUUCGCCUGUGAGCACAUCCCAAGCAGAAAAUGAGGCAAAAUCCAAAAGGAGUGCUGCAAAGAAAAGAGUCAAAUAUACACAAUCUUCCAACGAGAGCUCAGAGGAUGAGCCGCUGGCGACCAUUUUGAGGAGGAAAGCCAUCGCCGCCCGUCAGCCGACACCAGGAAACAGCAAGAAGAGCAGACCGAGGGGAGGUGGAAAAGCACGUAAAGAGCCUCCAUCCUCACACGACACCUCCGACAACGACACCGCCGCUGAUGACACGCCACUGGUGACCCCCGCCGCCAAACAGAGGAAGCCUGCCGAGGAAAAGAAAGUGAAAAAAAGUAGUCCAUCGCAAGGCAGCGCAUCUAAAAAGAGACGAGCAGGUCAGUCUGACAACAGCUCGGACGACGAGCCUCUCAUCAACAUGGUGAAGAAAUCCCAAACGGAAAAGACCUUAAAGCUGAAGAAACCAGCCUCGGUUCUGAAGAAGAAGGUGGCGACUCCCAAAGCAGGCAAAAAGAAGCUCCUGCAAGCUGGCAGCUCAGACGACGAACCUCUGAUGGAAGCAUUUAAACAUCCUCAAGUGACCAAAAAGCUCACCAUCAAAUUGGAGAGGUGUGAGAUUAAGGAAGCUGCUGCCACAGGAAGUCAAAACAGAGAAUGGCGUGUUGCCGAGGAGCCCAACGAGCAACUGUUGGAGAGCUCAGAGUAAAAGGAAAAUAUGUUAUUUAUGUUUGAGUGUUCACCCUAUGAGGGACUCUUAGUGGUUUUGAACCAGAUUAGUUUGAGAAGCUUUUAGAGAGAGUCCCUGGGGGGAAAAAAAUGUUUUGUAUGUAAACGAGUCAAUUUGUUGGCUCCAGUUUUUAAGUUUGGGACCAAACAUUUUCAGUUUGACACCAAACACCACUUGCUUUUAUGUGCACACCCGCAUGUUUCUUAAAUGUUUUACUAUUUGUGCCAAUUGUUUGAUUCCAGUGGUUUCCUUUAUUGUUUACAAUGAAGAAAACUGUGAAAUUGCACACCAAUAUCUGCAUCUUUUUUCUUCAUUAAUUGAAUGUACGUUUAGCAUGAUUUAGUGAUAAAUUAAACAUACAAGCAAUGAAUGAGUUGUCUUAUUGUACUUAAAAAAACAACGCAAAAAAACAUUUAGCUUUGUUCACACUGCAGGUCAAUUCUGAUGUUUUUGCCCAUAUGCAACCUGUAUCAGAUGUUUUAAUGUCAGUGUGAACAGUGCAAUAAUAAAUUUUUCAUAUCUUA